UGGCUGUGCAAUCUCGCGCGGCGCAGGAUCGGCCACCGAGGCGGGUUCUUUGACCCUCCUCCUGCGUCCUCGCUUCGAGAAGGCUCCGCGACGAAGAAGGAAGCUGUGGAGUGCAGAGUGCUGCAAAGAACAAGCGCCUGGCCCGCCCGGGGACAAAGCGGCGUUUCUUGGCGCGGAAGAAGAGAGGGCGGGAGGAGGAGAGGCCGGAGGGAGAGGGGAAGGCGAACAUGUUUAUCCAGAAGGCAUGGAGGACGGCGUCCUUUGGGCUCUACGGCUUCACCCAGUUCACCAAAUCCGGUUUCCUGGAACAUGCCAAGAAAUUCAGAGAGGAAGAUAUGCAGAUCCGGUUGGAUGGGAAAAACUGCCUGGUGACUGGAGCAAAUUCUGGCAUAGGUUUUGCUACAGCUGAGGGUUUGGCUUCACAUGGAGCUAUUGUCUACAUGCUCUGUCGUAACAAGGAGAGAGGAGAGGCUGCUCUCAAUCAAAUAAGAUCCAAAACUGGCAAUGAAAAUGUUCAUCUGGAGAUAUGUGACCUUUCAUCUAUCAAUGAAGUCAAAUCAUUUGCAACAAAGUUCGCUUCAAUGGAUAAACCACUCCAUGUCCUUGUAAACAAUGCUGGCUUACUGGAGCACAAGCGUGAGACUACAGCAGAGGGGUUGGAGCUCAAUUUUGCUGUCAAUGUGGCAGCAACAUACACUUUAACAGAACUAGUGAUGCCAUUAUUGGGGAAAGCAGCACCAGAUGCUCGUGUCAUCACAGUUGCAUCAGGAGGCAUGUACACUGAGCCACUGAACAAGGACUUACAGGUAAGUUCCAGCCGCUUCCGCCCAUCCGAACAGGGCAAAUAUGCUCGAAACAAAAGAAUUCAGGUUGCACUCACUGAAUGGUGGGCAGAGAAAUACAACAACAAGGGGGUUGGUUUCUACUCCAUGCACCCUGGAUGGGCUGAUACACCUGGAGUCGCCAAGAGCUUGCUGGGAUUUUCAGAGAAAUUGUCUGGAAACCUGAGAUCAAAUGACGAAGGAGCUGAUACAGUGCUUUGGUUGGCGUUGCAACCUAAGGAGAAGUUAUCACCUGGAGCUUUCUACUUCGAUCAAGCUGUAGCACCAAAACAUUUGAAGUUUGCUGGGACCAUGUCGUCACAUUCACAGAUAAAAUCCAUUGUUGAUAGCAUUAGGUCCAUCUGUGGCCUCCCUGCAUUGGGAUGAGCUGCUUUGUGAAGUGACAAGGGUAGCAACAACGAUAGCUGAUAGGUCUUGAACAUGAGGGAGCGAGCAUGACUCAUGACGACCAAGAGGAGCAUAAAAAAAGUUGCACCAGCCGGGAAUCGAACCCGGGUCUGUACCGUGGCAGGGUACUAUUCUACCACUAGACCACUGGUGCCUCUUGGUGAAAGGGUUCCGAUGGUUGCGCUACUUGUAUGAAUUGUAAAGAUAUUCGUAGAUAGCAAUAAAUAUUUUUUGGUGUAGGAGGCUAGCCGGCUAGGAGCAGUCAGACGUGGGUAUUUCUUAUAUUUUCCUUAACCAUUCUAUACACUGGAACUCAUAUAUAUGCAUUUAAAUAAUCCCACCAAGAAUAUAAUUGGUGGCGUCUGGAUGAA